CAUGACUUGGUUAGUGUGGUUGAACGUUCGAUACGACAAGAUGGCUAAACUCGUGACGAAAAGUCUGCUCCUGCUAUUCUUUCUGCUAGCAUCCGCAUCCUCCUUCGUCAUCCCGGAUGAGGAACCGGAACAGUUUAUGAUCGGUGGCACGCCAACGGUCCAAGGAGCUUUCCCUGCCGUUGCCUUCAUCCGAACCAUUGGCCGGCCGAUCUGCGGUGCGGCUGUCAUUGACGAGCGUCACGUAGUGACGCUGGCUCAGUGCGUCCUCAACGGAACCUUCCACCUGUACAACCCGCGGCUGGUUCGGGUUCACACCGGGGACAUCAUGCUGAACCCAGUGUCUCCAACGCGGGAAACCCGACUUGCGUCGGUGAUCUACGUCCAUCCGAACUUCAAGGCACACACGUACGAGAAUGACAUCGCCGUGAUUCGACUCCAGGAACCGCUCCCCCUGCCAAGCAACGAAAUCGAGCCCGCCUUCCGCCGCACCAGGAUCGUCGGAAAUGGCUUCACCUGUCACAUGGUUGGCUGGGGUCAAACGGCGGCCGCUGGCCAGGUAGUUGACGUCCAGCAGCGAUCCAUCCCAACUGUCAUCAACGACCGCGACCAGUGCAACUUUGUGCGCCACCUGUCCCCCGUUACGGAAAGUAUGAUCUGCGCCGGGAACCUAGUGGCGGCCGCCACCGGGCCCGCACCCUGCACCGGAAACAUCGGCUCGGGACUGUACUGCGACGGGGAUUUGACCGGGCUGCUGUCGUUUGGGCUCAACUGUGGCACGGCGAACAACCCGCCGACGUUUACGCAGAUUCGGUUCUUCAACGGGUGGAUCGAGCAGCAGCUGGUGAGGACCGAUGUGCCGCCGGCCGGGUGGUCACCGUUGGAUGUUUAAGGUUAUAGUUAACACGAUUUAAGACUAUAUGAAUAAAAUAAACAAAGUGUAUUGAUUUUCA